UAUGUUACCUAUAAUGGAGAUCUUUCUUCUUGCUAAUUCUGUCUUUGACAUAUAUGAAAGGAGCUUACUGUGUAAAAAUGUGAAAAAAGUAUAUUCAAGAUACCGUAUACAUUAAACUUCACAAAAUGAGUUUUUUCAUGAAAAGCACAACUUAAAUCCUUUCAAAAGUCUUUUUACAACCGGAAUUUUAUUUGUAUAGUGAAAAAGAUGUCGGAAAAGGAGAGUAAGGACGCCAGUGAGGACGUAAACGUUGACGCUGAGAAAAUUGUUGAAAGGCCUAAAAAGCCUAAACUCUCUUUCGGAAUUAACCAAAUCUUGGGUGAACAAAGACGCAGUCGGUCAGUAUCCCCGACUAAUUCUACAAACGAAGAUUCAGACAUUAAGUGUGAUAGUGACAAUGAGAACGAGAAAGAACUUUCUGACCGUUCACGUUCGACAUCACCAGUGACGUCACCAACGUUGUCGACGUCUAAAUAUGAAGAAGCAUACGCGCAUGCACAGAGCUUAUAUCCAUUAGAUUUAGCUGCAGGUUCGUUGCUACCUCUUGGCGGAUGUGGGUUGUACCGGGGCUCGCACGGCGUGGUUAAGGUUCCAGCACAAAGACCUCACCCCAUGAUUCACAUGUUCAAUCCCUACAGUAUACCAUGGAUAGACUUCCGGCGAGACAGAUUUGGAGGUGGGCAUGCGUCUAUGGUCAGACGAAUAGGCCACCCAUAUCAGAACAGAACGCCACCAAAGCGCAAAAAGCCACGCACCUCUUUUUCUCGUCUGCAAAUUAUGGAACUAGAGAAACGAUUUCAUCGUCAAAAAUAUCUUGCCUCGGCUGAGCGUUCCGCGUUGGCGAAAUCACUAAAGAUGACAGAUGCGCAGGUUAAAACUUGGUUCCAAAAUCGUCGCACAAAAUGGAGACGACAAACGGCAGAGGAGCGGGAAGCUGAACGACAAGCCGCAAACCGGCUGAUGAUGUCGUUACAGGCGGAAGCGAGUAAAACGGUUUACGACAUCAGAGAUCCUCUCUGUAUGAGCAAUUCCUCUUUACAUGCUUUACAAAAUCUACAGCCUUGGGUUGAAGAAUCACAGAGAAACUCCAGCUAGACAAUGUCGUAAAUAUUAACGUAAAAACGGGUUGUGAUUUUUGCUAAGAAUACAAAAAUAAACGUUAUGACGCACAGAGAUUACCACGUGACUGAACGUUGUGAUUUUAUUCUCUGGAAAGUGUUAUUUAAAAAUUCAAAACGUAUCGUGUUUAUAUUAUCUCUCCCUAUGUGCCAUAGCUUUAAAAAAUAAAGGUUCGACCUUUCAAUUUGAAGCCGCGAAACAAACAGAUGUAUUUCUUUCGUUCGUGUAUGUAUCUAUGAAAAAGUGUUUGCAGACUCUAUGUUAUGCCCUGUGCUAUAAAAUGUGCUAUUCAGCGGAUCCAUUUUUUUCCAACCAGAUUUCUCAAAUUUUUUUUACGUCAUUGACGGAUAGAGCCUCGAAAAAAUACCAAAUGUUGGUUUCAUCACGCGAGUUAACUUUCCUGUG